GCACAGCACCUCUGGUCACCCGCGAAAUGGAGCUGGCUCGGUGGCAGGGAAAGGUUGACAGUAGUCCACGACUUGUGUGACGCCCAGACCGGAGGACACAGUGGAUCUGGCUGGGUGUCAGUCUGAAUUAGGUCGCGUUGAGCCAGCAUAUCACCGGCGGACCUGCUGAGAAAAAGCGAUGCGAACAUCUGGCUGCUGUAACGCGAUCCGAAUUCAGCACCAGCCGUCAGUAGACGGCGCCGAAUAGAUAGCUGCCUGUCUUUUCAAAGGCGUUUUCUCUGCUAAACGGUGCAUGCGGCCGGAAUGCGCAGAGGCAAGCCACUGUGUCGAAGCUGGAAAGCUGUAGAUAGGCAACUUCCAGUGAGCAUUUUCCACGAAGAUAAACCUGGGAAGGAAGGCGUUGGAAUGUUGCUUUCUAUGCUGGUCAUGGAUUUCUUGAAGGGCAUCGGUGGUUUCGAAGGCCACUGUCACAGACUACUGUAGGAUCCAGCGCACAUUUUUUGGGUCCUGAGUCGGCUCAAGGAACCCCCAUUUACAUUACACAGAAUUCUGUCAAAAUGCUUUGGCGCUCAUAACAGCUUUUGAGGAAGAAUUUACGCAGUACUAACCUAGAUCGAACAGGGCUGAUGUUCCGUCUUCAAGGUGUGUUAGCCUGACUGGAAAGCCUGAUGGAGACCCUGCUAGUUUACCUGAUGGUCCUUGGCAUGGCUAUAAAAGGCCACAAGGUCCAGGUGUGCCCAAAACGCUGUGUCUGCCAGAUGCUCAACCCCAACCUUGCAACCCUCUGCGACAAGAAGGGCCUCCUCUUCAUCCCGCCCAACAUCGACCGUCACACCGUGGAGAUGCGUCUGGGCGACAACUUUGUCACGAGCAUCAAACAGCGGGACUUCGCCAACAUGACCAAGCUGCAGGACCUGACGUUGUCUCGGAACACCAUCGGCUCCAUCUCACCUCACGCCUUUAAAGAUCUGGAGAACCUUAGAGCCUUGCAUCUGGACAGCAACCGUCUGACGAGGCUCACCAACGACACCUUCAGUGGGAUGUCCAAGCUCCAACAUCUCAUCCUCAACAACAACCAGCUGAUUCACAUCCACAUCGGGGCCUUCAAUGAUCUCACGGCUCUAGAGGAGUUAGAUCUGUCCUACAACAACUUAGAAAGCGCCCCCUGGGUGGCCAUCCAGAGAAUGACCAGCCUCCACACCCUGGGCUUGGACCACAACAUGCUUAGCUACAUCCCUGAGGGAACCUUCUCCGGCCUGCAGAAGCUCAAACGCCUUGACGUCACAUCCAACAAGCUCCAGAAGCUUCCGCCCGACCCAGUGUUCCAACGGGCCGGCGUCUUGGCCACGUCAGGGAGCAUGGGUCCAUCGUCAUUUGCGUUGAGUUUUGGUGGGAACCCACUGAGGUGUAACUGUGAGCUGCUGUGGCUGAGGAGGCUGAGGAGGGAAGAUGAUCUGGAGACAUGUGCGGCUCCGCAGCACCUGGCUGGGCGGUACUUCUGGACCGUGUCUGAAGAAGAGUUCCUCUGUGAGCCCCCUCUCAUCACCAGACACUCCCAGGAGCUGCGAGCAUUGGAGGGUCAGAGUGUAGCUCUGCGCUGUAAGGCCAGGGGCGACCCAGACCCCAUCAUCCACUGGAUCGCCCCAGAUGGCCGGCUCAUGUCCAACUCCUCCCGGGCUGCGGUGCACAGUGAUGGGACCCUGGACAUCCUCAUCAGCACUGUGAAGGACUCAGGCUCCUUCACCUGUGUUGCCUCCAACCCGGCCGGGGAGGCCCAACAAACUGUUGACCUGGUGAUCGCCAAACUCCCACACAUUACCAACAGUACUGUGGAGAAGGAACCGGACCCAGGUUCUUCUGAUAUCGCCACGGUAACGAGGACGGGUGGUGGUGGGGAAGGCAGAGAAGUGGUGCCACUGGGAAACACAGAGACGAGCCAGGAGAAGAAGGUGGUGAUUGCUGAGGCCACGUCUACCUCCGCCCUGGUCAGGUUCAACUUCCAGAGGAGUAUACCGGGCAUCCGAAUGUUCCAGAUCCAAUACAACGGUACCUACGAUGACUCUCUGGUUUACAGAAUGAUCCCUCCGAGCAGUAAGAGUAUCCUGGUGAACAACCUGGCUGCCGGUACACAGUACGACCUGUGUGUGCUGGCCAUCUACGACGACCUGGUGACCUCCCUGACCGCCACGCGGGUGGUGGGGUGCAUUCGCUUCACCACCGAUCCCCAGUACCUCCACUGCCACUUCAUGCAGUCCCAGUUCCUGGGAGGGACCAUAGUGGUCAUCAUCGGAGGGAUCAUUGUGGCGUCCGUCUUAGCCUUCAUCAUCUUCCUCAUCGUGAGGUACCGAGUCUGUAACCAAGGCGAUGAGGAUAAGGCUUUGGAAAUGGGUGAGAUCCGGUCUCUGAGCAGUGAUGGUCAGCUCCAGGGCUGCGGCGUCCCCAAGUCCAUUUCCAAGUCUCUGUCCAAGCAGAUUCUCAGUCCGGAGAAACCAGAGAAGGAGGAUAAGGAGUGUCUGAGGGUGGGCCUUCCUCCCCCUGAGCCAGUCAAGCAGCAGCGACCCCCAGCCCCGACCACCACCACAUCCAACAAGCCCUCCAUUCCCGACUGCACCGUCUCUACCUCCGCAGCCAGCCACCCCUGGCACCCUGCCUCCCCGGGCACCCUGAGGCCAAAACGGGCCAGUGGCGGUAUGAAACUGGGAGAAGCCUGCCGAACCGAAGGCCAGACAGAUGUGGAGUUAGAGAACACAAACCGGAAUAACUCAGCGGAAGCUAAAAUGGCUGUGGCUGUUUCUGCCCUUUCCACAAAAUGGACGAAGGUCGCUAGGGGGCCAAGCCCCCCUGGAGCCUCCUCCCUCCAUUACAUGACAGUGCCAGCAGGGGGCGUGAGGGUGAACCGGCGGCACUCUUUGAACGUGGACUCAUACAAGGAGUGCUGCUACGUCAGCCUGGUACAGCAGCAGCAGCCAAAGCCUGGUGGGGGUUUGCGCUCCAAACGCAGUCUGUCCAUGAGCGGAGAACUGCCCCAGUUGGAAAGUGCAAUGGCAAACAUACGCAGAGGCAGAGACAAGCUGUCCCGAUCCGAGAGGCUUCUCGAAAGCACUCUAUGAUCGGGAUUUUACAGGUUUAUAGGGUUUUUGUUUUAUUGGAUUGGAUUUGUGGGCGGUGGUGGAGCAGACAGUGACUAUAUGCCUUGUUCAGAGAGUUACUGUGGUCUUUUGUCUGCAAGACCCACAGAUUCCUCUCAUAUUUCUGAAGACAAGGCAGCCGAACAGGGUUUUAAAGGGCAAAUGUUUCACAUUUGUUUUUCUACCUUAAAGCAAAUAUCCUCUCAAAGUCAUCUUUAUAUUGACUGGAUAAAACUGACGAAAGGCACCAAAAAAUGUAUAAAGCAACUUCAUGUAAAAAUGGUUAAGUUGUGUAACAUAUAACGCUAUACACCCGUAAGUGUCCACAUGGUACUGAAUGCAGUUGGAAGUCUAGCAUUAUUUAGAGAGAGAGAGGGAGAGAAAGUUUGGAUGAUCAUACUAGUUAUAACAUUGCCUGUUACUUAAAGUGAUUACAAUCACUGGGUAGACAAGGAAUGGACAUAUUUCUUGUCAUCAGUUUUCCAGACGGCUGAUGACAUGUCUUAAUCAACUCGGUGGCAUUUGGAGGGAUGUGAAUGUGCAGAACACCCCAGACAGAAGUGUAGAACAGAGUGUACCCAGGCUGUGUCUGACAUAGCACCCUAUUCCCUGUAGUGCACUCUGGUCAAAAGUAGUGCACUAUAUAGGAAAUAUGGUGCCAUCUAUUCUAAUGACAGAGCUGGAUAUUUUCAUCAAGCCGCACCAAAUCAAAUCAAAUCAAUUUUUAUUUGUCACAUACACGUGUUUGGGAAGACACACAGCACAAUGCAGCAUUCAUGGUACCCAUCGGCAUCGAUUGAGCUUAAUACUGCCCUCCUGUUUGAAUCAAUACAUUUGAUCACGUAAUUACACAUAAAGACUUACGUUCAUAGAUUUAUUGUCCCAUCUGAUAUGAGAGUUUAAACUAAGACAGGAUGACAGGAGCGAUAAAGGAUGUGUGGUCCAUUUUCAUGUUUUUUUGCUAUUAUUAAAACAUUGUUUGCUAAGAAUCAUUGUAAAUUGACUUGUCGGUGAAGAGAAAACGAAAGCCACAAAACAGUAUAUGAGAAGUCGGCUCUUGAUUUAACUGUUGUUUCUGUUUGAUGUUCACCAGUAUAAAUAAA